GCCACUAAUCCCCCCUCUCGAUCAAUCCUGCCUAGCUAUAAAGCGGUUGCUAAGACCAAGGCUCCAAGGGGGAGAAUGAUGUUUGUCCCAGGUGCUUUGUGAAUUUUGAUCUGUUCUCCUCUACUACAACACUCAUUUCUGCUGGUCCAGCUCGCAUCCCAUCAUGUCCUACCACUUCGAUCAUUCAAAGCCCGUAUUCCCGGAAGAUGCAGCGUCUAAGGAUUAUGCUACUUCCUUGGAUGCGGCAGAUCCUCUAGCAGUAUUUCGCGAGAAAUUCAUUCUCCCCUCAAAAGCUAACAUUGCCUGCAAGAAGCUUGCAAAGCCAAACCUCUCAUCGGAGCCAUGUAUCUACUUCUGUGGUAACUCCUUGGGUGUUCAGCCCAAGGCUACUGCAAAGUACCUAGAGGCUCAGUUAGACACUUGGUCGUCAAUUGGGGUCAACGGUCACUUUACCAACCUCGAAGAUUCCCCUCUUAAAUCAUGGCAACUGCUGGCCGAACAAGCCGCUGGCUCGAUGUGUAAAAUUGUGGGAGCAUUGCCAGACGAAGUUGCGGCGAUGGGAACGCUGACGGCGAACCUACACCUGUUGCUGGCAAGCUUCUACAAGCCAACUUCUCCCAAACACAAAAUCCUCAUGGACUGGAAGGCCUUCCCAAGCGAUCAUUACGCUAUCGAGUCCCAUCUUGCAUGGCAUGGCCUAGAUCCCCAAACGUCAAUGGUACUCAUUGGCCCCAACGAAAACGAAUACGAGAUCCCCACGGAGAAAAUUCUCUCCUCUAUUGAUGAGCAUGCGGAUGAAGCAGCUCUCAUUCUCCUUCCGGGUAUUCAGUACUACACCGGACAGCUCUUUGAUAUCCAGAAGAUCACAGCCUAUGCCCAAUCAAAAGGACUUGUGGUCGGAUGGGACCUGGCGCAUGCGUAUGGUAAUGCGGAGCUAAAGCUACAUGAUUGGAACGUAGAUUUCGCGGUGUGGUGCACCUAUAAAUAUGGCAAUGCUGGGCCGGGAGCUAUGGGCGGGCUCUUCGUUCACCAACGCCACGGUGCCGUCGACUACAGCGAAGGAGAAGAUGCCCCCAAGUUUCGACACAGACUAACUGGUUGGUAUGGAGGCGAUAUGUCUGUGAGAUUCAAGAUGGACAACAAGUUCAAACCAAUUCCAGGAGCGGGUGGCUUCCAACUUUCAAAUCCGUCGGCCAUCGACCUUGCUGCCCUUUGCGCUUCCCUUUCCAUCUUUGACGAGACGUCAAUGACUGAGCUGCGCAAGAAAUCCAUCCUGUUGACAGCAUACCUUGAGUAUCUGCUGCUCAAGGACACAACCGAUGAGUCACGGCCAUUCCGCAUCAUCACCCCGACAAAUCCUGACGCAAGAGGGGCUCAACUUAGUUUGCUGCUAAGACCUGGUCUGCUGCAAAACGUCGCUAGCAGAUUGCAGGAUGCGGCGAUUAUUUGCGAUAAGAGAGAGCCUGGUGUUGUACGUGUUGCGCCUGCCCCUUUGUAUAACACAUUCGCAGAGGUGUGGACAUUUGUACAGCAGUUCAAGGCUGCCUUGGAUAGUUAA